AUGACUGUGCCAAACGGAGGCCUUCUGGGCCAGGAAUUGCCAUGUCCCAACAAUGCCGAGCGCAAAGACAGCUUGUCAGUGAACUCGGACCACAGUCGCCAGCCCGCAGACAUGGCACGCGACAGCAGCUCCAUGAAGAAGACGCCCCACCAGAUGCAUGUAGUGCCGACACUGACAAACGGACGGCUGGCCGGCCAGCACGAAGACGAGCCCGGCGAAUGCCAACCCACUCGAAAUGGCGGUGGAUCCCCUUGCCCUCCGGUCGACGUACCCGAGAUCAGUGUGUCUUCUCCGGACCACGAAGGAACCGCUCAGAACGAGACCCAACCAGAACCACAACCAUCACCUCCUCCCUAUCCCGGACCAGCUGCGCCGGCCACAGCCUCGACCCGUUCAAAACUGCGGAUACUCCCGCCGCACCUCAUCCCCCCACCCCCGCCUCCUUCCAUCCCACGCCCACCGUCCCCAUCCUCCACAUACCCAUCACCCCUCUCCCAGCCGCCGCCGCCGCCGCCGCCGCCCAACCCCCUCCCACCCCAUGGCCAGCCCGCCGCCGCGCCAGAGCUCUCCCCCCGCCGCCUCCGGCGCUUCAUGUCCUUCCUCGAAGAGACGCGCGACCAGCAAGAAGACCACCACGAGCGCCGGGAGCAGGCCCUCCUAGAACGACAAGCCCUCCACGCCAAGCGGCAGGCGCUCCGGGCGCAGCGGCUGCGCACGCGCGACGCGCAGGCGGGCCUGAUCAGCGAGCUGCGCAGGACGUGCCUCAACGCGAAGCCGCCGGAGCCGGCGGCCGUGUUCGCGCUGUUCGACGCCGUCGAGCGCGCGCACGACGCGCUCGGCGCCAGCGAGGAGGACUACGACGCCGACGAGCGCCGCUACGACGUCCUCGAGCUGCAGUGGACCAAGAACGAGGGCGACAUCGUCGGCAACCUCGUCGAGGACAUCGAGGAGCUCGGCAUCGUGCCGCCGCCGCGUGCCCAUGCUGGUGUCGGAGAGGAGAACGAUGAUGGUGAUGUCGACUGCCAGCGUCACGCCGUCGACCCUCGGCCUGCUACCAGCCCGGACUUUCGGUCUACGGAGGAGGCGUUUCCUGCGGGCGAGGCGGCGGCGGCGGCGACGCCCGGCACGCCGGUGGGGGAGGUGCGGCAGGGUCUUGCGGGGUACAGCUGGAAGAGUGACGAUGAUGAUGCUCGCGCUGGGACUGCCGCUGCCGCUGACGCGUUGGUUGAGGGUCGGCCGGGAGGUGAUGAUGCGGGCCUGGAGAACCACAGACACCAGCUGUGGGAGGCGGUGCGGCCGCACAUGGACGUGCUCAAGGGGGUGUCGACGGACGAGGGCAGGCGGGCGUCGGAGCCGGCCAGACGGCAGGGAGAGUUGAUCCAGGCGGCGGCGGCGGCGGCGGCGGCCGCGGCGCGGCGGCCGCGGAGUGAGGCGGACCUGGCAGGGGUGCUGGAGCCGGGGUGGCAGAGCAAUAUCCGGAGUCAGGUCAGCCAAUGGAUCAUGGACUCGCUGAAGGGCUCGCUCGUGCAGAAGGCGCUGGCCAAGGCGCAGCUCGAGGAGGACGGGCUGGAUGAGAAGGACUGGUGGGUCGCGCUCAGGCGCGUGUGGUCGACGGACGCGGCCAACGACGAGCCGGAAGCAGGCGGCGGCGAGGAGGAAGAGGAAGGGGAGGAGGAGGAGGAUGACUAUGUCAACAUUGUGUCGGAUUCUCGGGAAGGCGUUUCGGUUGAUUGGAGUUGA